AGUAUUAGGCAGCCAAGUAAAUGGCGUCUCAAGUUGUUUUUUAUGCGAAUUCUAUGUGUUUCUCUUUUACUGUGUCGUUUUAAAUGUACACGGCGACCGUAACAGUUAUUUAGAUAUACGUGUUAUAAUUUAAUUGAAAAACAUUGUUUACUUCGUCGACGUUUCAUUCUUUCUAUGAAACAAUGGCGUCGAAUGAACAUUUGGAAUCCCACGUAAAACUCAGUGAAAAUCGUAGUUUAUCUGAAGAUAAUUGUAACUCAAGUAGUGCUGGAGACGCCGGUGAAGGUGUUAAGCGGCGUAGAGUCACUCAUGAUUAUAAGAAACUGUGUAAACUGGGAUACGAUCCAAGUAUGUCAACUGAAUCCACACACGCAUCUAUUGAUUCUAAAGGUAAAAAACGUAAGCGCAGCAAAGAUUCCCAAGAAGUAUGUGUCUGGGGAGAGAACUCUAAACCUCCGAAAAUGAGCAAAAUAUGGCCAGUAUUUGAUUCUGGAGGAUAUGGAGAUGCUGCUAUGUUAACACUACAUGUUGUGCAGAAAUCACCAAAUAUUGUCAAUCCGCUGUUAUUUCAUCAAGAUAAAGACCACAGCUUACUAGAUAUAAAUCAAACACCAUUUAAAGAAGACUGGUUUGGUGGCAUCAACGCAUCAUUGAUGCAAACAAGAUUGGAACAUACUAUUCCACGUGACGAUGUCACCAAACGAAUCUUUUCCUCAGUCUCCCGUCAGUUGAAGAUAAUCAAUGCACACUUCCAGACGUCCAUGCCAAGAUACAAGUACCCCAGAGUGACCAGGUCAAACAUACUCCUAGAACAUACUAACCCAAGAAGACCAGCCACACACUUCAGUUUAGCACUUAGAGCAAUCAAGUUCCAGCCGACGCCGAGAAGGGAACUACCAUGUUACGGGAACUUGGAAUUACCAUUGAAGAUCAAACCAGAGAAAGGCUCGUCCUCACAAGUGUUCCCUGCUAUUUGUACUGGUAUUAAAAUGGAUCCAGAUAAAGUUAAAAGUGAAGUGAUAGUGAAAGUUGAACAUGAUAAAGUGAAAAAAGAUAGAGAAAGAGAGAAAGUGAAGGAAAAAGAUAGAGAUAAAGACAGAUCCCAUUCUUCGCGUCACUCGUCGUGCCAACAGUGUCGGAGACGCGCUCGAGUCAAGCGGUGCUCCAUCGGUGUACAAUGUCGCCGGGAGAGGUCAGCACCAGUCUGGGGACCUAGGGCUCCAUGUGUGGAUAUCAAGGGACUUAAAUAUCAAAGGUUAAUGCGUGUGGAAACUCAUCCGAAUGGCGGCGCUAGUGUCGUCUACUUGUACCAACAUGAUAUUGACAUGUUGAGCGAACAUCAGCAGGAAUCAUUAGCAAAGGAGUUUCUUAAGUUAGUAUUCUCGGAGGAUAGCGGGGGUUGGGCUCAGUUUGUGUGCGGUGUGGUGCGGGGUGCAGCUGGCCGCUUGCCCUGUCUGCUGCAGUACCUCGCUGAGAGACAUCCCUCACUCACUGUUAAAGCGGGCGUUCUAGCUCGAGCAUCAGAUAUAGAGACCACCACAAUUAGCAGAUAUUAUCAGCAGGUGCAGCAGACGUACGCGGCGGGCACAUUCCGGUGUGGGCCACUGCACCAGAUAUCUCUGGUGGGCACAGUGCAUGAGGAGGUCGGAGGUUACUUCCCCGAUAUGCUGGCUAUGCUCGCGGAGUGCCCUUAUCUUAAACUGACAAUGCCUUGGGGUCCGAUGGCUGCAGUGGAGAUGGAGCCCCAGGAGUCCAAUGAUGGUCCUAUUUUGUGGAUCAGGCCCGGAGAGCAACUUGUGCCCACAGCGGAGCUCGGCAAGAGCCCUAUCAAGAAGAGAAGGACUGGUAUAAACGAGCUCCGCAAUUUACAAUAUUUGCCGCGUUGGAGCGAAGCGCGCGAGUUUUUAUUUGAAGACAGGACGCGUGCGCACGCAGAUCAUGUCGGACAUGGAUUGGAUAGAAUCACUACUGCUGCUGUCGGAGUUUUGAAAGCGAUCCAUUGCGGUGAUGAAGGUGACCGAGGUCGCAUCACCAAGGAUGUGGUGGCUUUCCAUGCUGCAGACUUCAACAAGCUGGUGCAGCUGCUUCAGCUGGAUCUUUACGAGCCUCCGAUAUCACAAUGUGUUACAUGGUUGGAGGAGGCGAAGUUGAACCAGUUGCGUCGCGAAGGUGUGCGAUACUCUCGUCUCCCACUCUGCUCUGACGACGUCUACUUCCUGCCUCGUAAUAUCAUACACCAGUUCCGUACAGUCUCCGCUGUCACAUCAGUCGCAUGGCAUUUACGAUUGAAACAGUACUAUCCGUCUUCUGAGGCGUCUUCUCCAGCUGAGGAACGUCCUGCAGCAGAUCCUGUACCUCAAAUCAAUACUGAACCUAAAAAAUCAUCAGCAACGAAGCACAAAAGUGGAGUUAUAGAAAUGAGAGCAUUAAGUGCUAAAUAUAAAGAGAAACCAACAUUAAAACUGACAGACAGAAAGAGUACAGAAGUACAAACUAACAAACAUGUAGAAGAUAAGAAGGAAAAGAAGAGUGAGUCAAGACAUGAGAGAUCUGACAGAUCAGAACAGAAGACAUCGCAUAGACAUAGAGAUAGUGAUAAACAUAGGUCAGAUAAAUCGGAGAAAACAGAAAAAGUUGAAGUUAAAACUGACAAAGAUGUUAAGGCAGCUGAAAAAUCUGAAACUAAAACAACCAAAUCUGAAAUUAAGACAGAGAAAGUUGAAGUUUCAGAUAAAACUUCGAAACAGAUCGAUAAAUUAGAUGUAACAUUACCUGAUAAGGUAGUAGUUAAACUAGAAAAUCGAUUAAGUGAUAAAGUGGACAGUAAAUGUUCAGACAGUUUAGUUAAUAAAUCAGAGAAAUCAAUCGAAAAGAUUGAUACAGUAAUUGAUAAGUCUGAAAGUAAGGAUAAAUCAAAUGUCAAAUUAGAUAAAACCGAGAAUAGGUUAUCAGAUAAAUGUGACAAAAUAAAAUCUCAACCAGAUACAGAAAAGACAGAAAAAAUAGAUAAAAGUGAUAAAACAACAGAAAAGUCAGAAAGUAGGCUGUCAGAUAAAACAGACAGCAAAUUGUCUGAAAAGACAGAUAGAACAUCAGACAAACCUGAGAAGUCGGAUAGUAGAACAUCUGAGAAAUCUGACAAAUCGGAUAGAACAUCUGAAAAAUCAGAUAAGGUAGAAAGUAGAUUGUCAGAUAAAUCUGACAAGUCAGAUAGUAGAUUUUUGGAUAAAUCUGACAAAUUAGAAAGUAAAUCAUCUGAUAAAUCAGAAAGCAGAUCAUUAGACAAAGAAGAAAGUAAAACAGACAAAAUAGACAGAAGUGAAAAACUUGAUACAAAGAAUAAAUCUGAUAGAGAAAGCAGGUCGAGCAAAUCGGAACACAAAAGACAUUCAUCAUCAAGAUCUCACCGAUCACAUCGAGACCACAAGGACCGUUCACACAAAGACCACAAGAGAGACCACAGGAGUGAUGACAGAAAGUGUUCGGACAGACAUCGAGAGAGAGACAGUAAAGUUGAAGCUAAGCUUCUAAGUGCAAAGCUGCAAGAGAUUGUGCAUCGACCUCCCGAUUAGUGCUAAGUGUAGAUUAAGUGCAGGAUAAC